UCGGCCGUGCUGGUGGCCGCGGCCCCGCUCCGAGGCGGGAUGAGGAAGGACGAGUCGUUCCUGGGCAAGUUGGGCGGCACGCUGGCCCGCAGGAAGAAGGCGCGCGAGGUGAGCGACUUGCAGGAAGAAGGCAAGAGCGCCAUCAACUCCCCGAUGUCCCCGGCUGCGGUGGACGUCCACCCGGAAGACACCCAGCUUGAGGAGAAUGAGGAGCGCACCAUGAUCGACCCCGUGUCCCGUGAGGACCCCAAGUUCAAGGAGCUGGUCAAGACCCUGCUGGACUGGAUCAAUGACGUGCUGGCGGAGGAGAGGAUCAUCGUGAAGCAGCUGGAGGAGGACCUGUAUGACGGGCAGGUGCUCCAGAAGCUCCUAGAAAAGCUGGCGGAUUGCAAGCUGAACGUGGCCGAGGUGACCCAGUCCGAGAUAGGACAGAAGCAGAAGCUACAGACAGUUCUGGAAGCCGUGCAGGACCUGCUGCGGCCCCACGGCUGGGCCCUGCGCUGGAGCGUGGACUCCGUCCACGGGAAGAACCUGGUGUCCAUCCUGCACCUGCUGGUGGCCCUGGCCAUGCACUUCCGGGCGCCAAUCCGCCUCCCGGAGAGAGUGGCAGUGCAGGUGGUGGUGGUGCGGAAGCGGGAAGGCCUCCUGCAUUCCAGCCACGUCUCAGAGGAGCUGACCACAACCACAGAGAUGAUGACGGGCAGGUUUGAGCGGGACGCCUUCGACACGCUUUUUGACCACGCCCCGGACAAGCUGAACCUCGUGAAGAAGUCUCUCAUCACCUUCGUGAACAAGCACCUGAACAAGCUGAACCUGGAGGUGGCCGAGCUGGAGACGCAGUUUGCAGAUGGCGUCUACCUGGUCCUGCUCAUGGGGCUGCUGGAAGAUUACUUUGUCCCCCUGCACAACUUCUACCUGACUCCGGACAGCUUCGACCAGAAGGUCCACAACGUGGCGUUCGCCUUCGAGCUGAUGCUGGACGGAGGACUCAAGAAGCCCAAGGCUCGCCCUGAAGAUGUGGUGAACCUGGACCUCAAGUCCACCCUGAGGGUUCUUUACAACCUGUUCACCAAGUACAAGGACAUGGAGUGACCAGCAGCGGAGCCGGCAUCGGGAGCUGUCCACAGCGCCGGCCCUCCCGACAGCCACGUGUGAGCCACGCCAGAGCCAUGAGAGACCCAGGCACCUUGGCCUCCACCGCCUCGUGCCCGCCCCUGGGCCCGCCCCUGGCCCCGCCCCUUCCUGUCCCACGGGACGGCCCCUGUGCCCACCCCUGGGCCCGCCCCUUCCUGUCCCACGGGAUGGCCCCUGUGCCCACCCCUGGGCCCCGCCCCUUCCUGUCCCACGGGACGGCCCCUGUGCCCGCCCCUGGGCCCACCCUGGGCCCGCCCCUUCCUGUCCCACGGGAGGGGGCCAUCCUCAGCCUCUGGCUUCUGUGACAGCGCUCGGGCAAGGCCCUUGAAAACGCAGUAUUUUAUCAGCUACCGCACGUUGGAGGCCUGGCUCCGGCUCCUUCCAGAAGAUGCUGAGCGGCUGACAGCCGAGCGGCCACUGCGCGGUGUCACGGGCCAGCCUGUGGUGCACCGCUGUGCCCAGGGACUCGGCGCUUCCUCUUCUCUGGAAUUUUCCAGGCUGGGCUCUCCUUGGAAGUGGAGCAUUUUCAGCAAAAGGGUUUUACAGAUUAAACAGUUUUAUCUCAAGUCCUAGA